AAAGCCACGAAAACAAAAAUACCGGAGUCUGUUUAUACUUAAUUCAUAAUAUUUCAAUUGAGUAAUGAUUAUAUUCAAAAUUGAAAUGAUUAAAUAAUAUACAGCUGCCUAUAAUCAAUACAUUUAAUUAACUUUUUUACAAUAAUGCAUAUUGUGUUUGUCCUGUAGCGUCAGUUGUACAUCAUAGUAGUGACAUGAUUUUGUAUGCUUUGAUAUUAAGAACUCGCGAUCUCCUACCAUUGACAUCAACCACUAACUAUCAUUGUAAUGGGGAGAGUGCCAUCGAUCUUAAAGGAAUCAACAGAAUUGUGAAAAAUGUCUUGAAGAGAUCGGACACGACUAAAAACAAAUGUUUUCUUCGUACUAAUGAAAAAACUUACUAUUUUCUACCAUGUUUAAACAUCAUAUGUAUGGCAAUGUGCAUCUCAUCAUACCCUGAAAUAUUAGCAUACAGCUUUUUAGAAGAACUAGCCGGAGAGUUCACAAAAAGAUAUGACCGUUAUAAGGUUGAACAAGCUUUAAGGCCGUACAGUCUUAUUGAAUUUGAUACUACAAUACAUCCUAUACAGCAAACGUACAACAAACCACAACAACUCACUGCUAGAAUUAACUUAGCUGAAAUUACACGAGAUAUCAGUUUGGAUCCACCUCAAGAAGUGUUCAUUGUUGAAGCCAAUUCUAUCAAUAAGAAUCUUACGCCCCAAGUUAUUCCUCCAACUGUUAGAGUUGGACCAUUACCUACGUUAGAACCGUUAUCGUUUUUGGAUAAAACAGCUAUUACCUUAACAUUAUUUCUAAUCGCCUACAGUAUACUUGAUGUGUUGGCAAUCUUAAAUAAUUGGACUUCAGAGGAAGACAAUAUAUCGUUGGAUAAUGGUUGGCUCAAUAUCUGUUGUAUUCUUUUACGUCUUGCUCAAUUAUAUGUACUGACACAAAAACAAUUGUACAGAUGGGGAAAAGGAUGGACUUUAUUUAUUAUAUUAUUAGGUUUUUGUUGGUUUUUAUAUAGCAGUGAAGACAUAUGGGGUAUAGCUGUAGUUAUUAGCAUUACUUUCUUAACGCAUGUAUGCAUAUUAAGACGGAAAAUUGCCAUAAAGUUACCACAAUAUCAGAUAUAAAUAUUCAUGUAACAAUGGAAAAUAAAUUAUUUUUUUAACCAUAUAUGUACAUAUUUAACAUUAACAAGAACUGUUACCUAUGUACACUAGCACAAAUAUUGUUAACUAUAUAAUGUGUUUUUAUUGUAACUGCAAUGAUUUUUUUGUACU